UCAGGAUUAAUUAGCAUAUACAAAACAUAACUGCAACAAGCAGCUUGAAUUCUCCAAAGACAGACUUUGAUUUUUUCUGCAUCAUUUAAAAGGACAGUUGGAACUUGGAACCGACACAUUCUUGUGGUUCCAAUCCAAUUCUAUACAUACAUGAAUUCGACUUACUUAUCUUCAUUAAAAUCCUCUGCCAUUCAUUUAUUUGCUGAUUUUUAUAGAAUUGAGCUUCAUUUUCAACUCCCUCAUCUGUCCCUUGUUCCUAUCUCUUCAAUCCCAACUCCAUUUUCCCCAGCCGGCAGCCAUGGGAGGAGAACAGAAGGUCUGACGACAAUGGUGAUCAAGGUCGAUCUGGACUGCUACAAGUGCCGCAACAAGAUCAAGAAAGUCCUCUGCAGGAUCCCUCGAGAUUGGGAAUCGAGUGUACGACCAAAAAGCCAACUUGGUGAUCAUCACGGUGCUGUGCUGCAGCCCGGAGAAAGUGAUGGAGAAGAUUUGUUGCAAAGGCGGCGAAUCGGUGAAGGGAAUCGAGAUCGUCAAACCCCCGCCGCCGAAGCCGAAGGAGGAGCCGAAGAAGCCAGACGAGCCGCCGAGGCCGAAGGAGAUCUCAGCAGAUAUGGGGAAACCAAAAGAGCAGCCGAAGCAUCGAGAAACCGCCAAGGCGGUGAUGUCGUCACCAGCUUUUCCGAUGUGCUACUGCCACCGGGAGUUCUACGAAGGGCGCGGCGUCGCGCCGCCGCCGCCGUGCUACGGCAUGCAGGGGCAUCCGUGCUACGAAGGGUACGGACGGCCGGUGUACGACAGUUGGGGCGGCGGGUACAGGGGAGGGUAUUACGUCAGCAGAGGGGAGUGCUUUAGCGACGACAAUCCAUCGGGUUGCAUCGUCAUGUAAAGGCUAAACGAGAGACUAACAUCUUUUCGAUUUUCCUCUUCGUCUAGUCUUAUUUUUGGAAUUUUAAGAAACAUUCGAAUAUUAAAGUCAUGUAAGUGUGUUUUAAUUUUCACGGAAUGUAAGUAUAUACCUUGUUUUGAUAUAAUGUUACGUGUUAUUACUUGUAUUUUAGAUGAUAUUUUAUAUAUUUUAUAAAUGUAUAAACAUUAUUGUGAUUUUUUCAUAUAUUGGAC